GAAGUGGUAGUAGUAGAAGAAGAAGAAGAGAUAGAAACCAAUGGAACUGACUGUCACUUUAUUGGUCUUCUGUGGCUGUCAGCUAACUAAAAGCUAAUUUAAUCACAAAUAUUAAAGUGUAUGUGUCCCGUUAGUAGUGGACAAUGUCUACCCGGGCUCUGCGAAGGCUCCGAGGGAAACAGCGGGGCCAGGAGGCCUUGGACCUCGGGAAUCUAACUUUGGAUGACAGCCCGGUGGAGCAGGCUGAGGGUGAGGAGGAGCAGCUGGACGUGGCUAAUGUUUCUCACCCACCAGCAGACAGGAAAGAGAGCAGCCGAAAGGCAAAGAAAAACAAAGCUCAGAAAAACUUCAGCAACAUUUAUGAACUGAUAUGUGAUGUUGACAAUGAGGCAGAGAAAAUCUCACCUGAUGAAGAGGCAGAGAAACCAGAUGGAAAUAAAACAAGUGGCACAGAAAAGAAUGACAACAAAGAUUUUGACAAACCAGAUCAAAAGCAGCAGGACACUUCUACGAAGUCUUCAUCUGGAGAUGGAGCUAAAAAGAAGAAGAAAAAGAAGAAGACAAAAGUAACAUCAGUGGAUGGACCGGCUGCACCAGAUGAUAACAUUGAUAUAUUGCUGGAGAAUUUGGAGCAGCCAAAUGGUCUGAGUUUGCAAAAUGAAGAUUGUGGAGGUGCCGACAGACGAUCUGUUCUACAUGUGGAGCACAGGAAUCUCAACCCAGAGACGGAGUUGAAGAGAUACUUUGGGGCUCGAGCUGUUCUUGGGGAUCAAAGACCCCGACAGAGAAAUAGACAGUUUCACCGUAGCACCUGGAUGACCUAUCCCAAAGACAGCUGGCCUCGCUUCAGCCGCCCAGGAAUCUCAAUGACUUUACUGCAGUCAAAGGACGGCAUUCAGUACUUCACUUUUGAGCACGGCCGGGACUACCAACAAGUACAGUUCAAGUUCCUGGAUGCUGUCGAGUCCAUGGAUCCCAACAACAUUGUGGCCUUGCUACAACUUAACCCCUACCACAUCGACUCCUUGCUGCAGCUUUCUGAUGUGUGCCGCAUACAGGAGGAUCAGGAGAUGGCCAGGGAUCUCAUCGAAAGGGCCUUGUACAGCUUUGAGUGCGCCUUUCACCCUCUAUUCAGCCUGACCUCAGGUACCAGCAGACUUGAUUAUCUGAGACCAGAAAACAGGGCUUUUUAUCUUGCUCUUUACAAGCACAUGAUGUUCCUGGAGAAGAGAGGAUGUCCACGGACGGCUUUGGAGUACUGCAAACUCAUCCUGAGUUUGGACCCAGAUGCUGACCCACUUUGCAUGCUCCUCCUCAUUGAUUUCCUGAUGCUGCGUACCAGAGAGUACCAGUCUCUCCUUCAGUUAUAUCAGGACUGGGAGGAGCACAGAAAUCUGUCCCAGCUGCCAAACUUUGCGUUUUCCACUGCGCUUUGCCAUUUCCAUCUCAGUCAGCAGGAAGACAUGGAUCCUGAAGAAAGUGACAAACAAAGACACAAAGCUGACCAGAUGCUGCAGGAUGCUCUCAUCAUGUUCCCUGGAGUCUUGAUGCCUCUACUGGAUCUGUGCACUGUGCAGCCAGAUGCUACUGUCACCUCACAUGCCUUCUUUGGCCCCAAGAGUCAGAUAGGGCAGCCCCCAGCUCUGGCUGAACUGACAGCUCUGUAUGUGGGGAGGACUUACAAUGUGUGGAGGGAGGCACCAGUAAUGCUUUGGUUGGAAGAGUCUGUGAAAGAAGUGCUGCGUCGAGUUGAUGCCAAAGACCCUUUAGUGGAGGAUUGCCAAAACAAGAGAAAGCAGAGGUACCAGAGUGCACCGAGGAACAUCCAUCGCCACGUCCUCCUCUCUGAGAUCAAGGAGGCCACCUCAAGUUUGCCUCUAGAGGUGACCACUCAGCCUGUGAUGGGCUUUGACCCUCUACCUCCACUGGACUCAGUAAUAUCGUAUACCCGACCAGAGAGGCAGCAUGUUGGUGCAUCCAAUGAGAGUACAUUGUCGCUGUUUUUCCGGUCGUUGCUGCCAAAUUUCAACCUUCAGGGUGGACCGAGGCAGGAGGAUGAUAUGGAAGUGGCGCGAGCUGGUCAGGAGCUGAACCAGGAAGUGAAUCGUCUUAUGGUGGCAAUGAGGGACAUGCUGGCAAACAUCAGGUUUCAAGAGCCACCAAGAGAGGACAACCCCUACAGAGAUGAGGAGGAAUGGGACUGAGAGGAGAGAGACAGGGUGAAUAAUAAGUGUUGAGGAGGAUGAAGAGGAACCAAGAAGACAAAGAAACUUUCAAAAAUGAAUGUCGUUAAGAAAAAUGAAAAUAUUUAAUGGAGGUUAAUAAGAAAUGGAGAAGGACAAAUAUUUUUAAUUGUUACAUUUUCAGAUUACAAACGUGAAAGAAACAGAGGACUUGAUGUCUGGAGCCUGUCCACUUCUCUGCCUUAGUGGCAUUGAUGAAACAAAAAGGAAUAUUACUCAGGGGCAAUUCAGUGAGAGCUUGGGGAACCUUUUUGUCAGAGGCAGAAAACAGAUUGGUUAGUUGAACCUGUCAUAUCACUAAAGUUGACAGUGUUAUUUACAAUAAUUAAACAAUUCCAUCAUCUCCAGUCAUUGUGAGUUGAGCAGCACCUACACUUAAUCGGUGCUACUCUUCUUCGUCUAGUUUCUGGCUUACAAAGAGUUUUUCAUGCUCACAAAAGUUUUUGUUCUUAUGCUGAGUGGACGAUCUGUUUCACAAAUUCCAAAUUUUGCCUUGCAGCACUUUAACAGUUUUUUUUUUUUUUUUUUUUAAUAAGCCACAGAAUCAGAAAGAAAGUCAUUCUUCUCAUUGACUAAAGAGACAAGCUCCUGUCUUAAGAUACUUCAUUGGGAAAUCUUUUUUGCUGCAGGAAUGGAAUUUCAAGGCUAAUUGAUAAUAACGAACACCUUUGUUGCUCUAUUUGAAUAUGGAAAAAUUUCAAACAAACAAGCAUUUUUGAGGGGAUCCUGUGACCAUAAUCAUCUUGUACAGACUUUACUCUGAUGUAAAAAACAUAUACAUAUAUGUAUAUAUCGGUAAAGUUUUAGAAUGCCUCAAUUUUUCCAGUUGUUGCUGUUGAAAUUUAUAUAGUGCAAUGUCUGUCUUUCUGAAUUGACUCAUUCAGCAGCAGAACACCCUGGUGUCAUUCUUUUUACAAUGGAGAUGAAACAUUGUUUAGAAAGUUCAUCCCAACAGAAAUUCCCACGAAUGUGUUGCACUUGUAGUUCACUUUGCUUUCACCUUCUGUCCAGUUCAUCCCAAACCAGCUCCAUGAGGUUUAAGUCUGGAGACUGUGCUGCUCUUGCAUCAUGUGAAGCCUCCAACUUCUUCUUUUCUUGUAUAUUGCUAUCACCAUUCUGACAGCAGUAUACAGAACUGCUUUCUGCAGUACAGUAUUGUCCAGAUAAUACAUCACAGGGAGUAGCAACACAGUUUGCUCCAAUACUGUCUUUGUCCAGACAGACGGUUUGUAAGUCAUCAACAAAAGUUGAGGCACCUGUAGGAAUUGUUUGCAUUAACUUUCAAGGCUUCAUUUAGUUCCACUGCUGCAGCAAAGUUGUAAGUUAACCAACUUCUUAAUCCCUGAAAAACCAGUAUUAUAUGAAAUUUACAUGAUUUUUCAAUUUUUGGUGAACUAAACUCCUUUUUACCUUGGGCAGCUUACCACUAACCUUGAUGCCAUUCAUCCACAGGACUUAAACUGCAGAAAUUUCAAGAAAAAAUAGAAAAGUGGGGGCGCUCUAAAACUUUUGCCCGGUAGUGUACUGUAUAUGUCAGGUGAAGGAAAAUUAAGUUAAGAAAUCAAUGUAUGUGAAACUCUGUAUUCACUCCCCAGACCUCUGUGACUUCCUACUAAAUAAUUGUCUAGUGAAGUUCCAAAAUAUGGCAUGGGACUCCAAAACAGGCGAAAACAAACAUUAGGUUAAACAGGCAGAUGAAACACAUUAAUUAUUUGACUACUAUUUAUUAUGUUUUAGAAAAGUUAAUACAAGUUCAUUCAUUCCUGACAGGGCAAAUAAUUACAAACACAUCUGAGUGAGAUUCUGUUGGGACUGAUAACCUGCUUCUCCUGUGACUCGUGGAAGCUCAGUUGACAUGUUAUUCUGAAGCCUUCAUGAUUAAUUCAGAUUUCAUUUUCAGUAUACAUGAUUUUGAAUUUUAGCCUUGUCUGCUGCUAAUUUGAGCAUUUACUGAAUCCAGACUAUGACAAUGCUGGGAAUCUGUUCUUUGGUCUUAAUUAAAAAGAAAUACUUUGA